AUGAAUCCUUUGAAGUGCGCAUUCGGAGUCACUUCUGGCAAAUUUCUCGGUUUCAUCGUUCAUCAACGGGGAAUAGAAGUCGAUCGAUCUAAAAUUGAUGUCAUUGUGAACAUGCCUGAACCGCGAAAUAUUCAUGAAUUGAAGAGCCUUCAAGGGAAGUUGGCAUAUAUCCGGAGGUUUAUCUCUAAUUUGGCCGGGCGAUGCCAACCCUUUAGUAGACUGAUGAAGAAAGGGGUACCCUUCGAGUGGGAUGAAUCGUGUAAGAAUGUUUUUACAAGUAUCAAGGCGUAUCUCAUGAAUCCCCCAGUGCUGGCUGCGCCCAUUUCCGGAAAACCAUUGAUUCUCUAUAUUUCCGCUCAAGAACGGUCGGUUGGGGCCUUACUUGCUCAAGAAAACGAUGAAGACUUUUUAGCCGAUCAUCCCCUACCUGCCGAGUGGGAGUUGACUGAUGAACUUCCCGAUGAAGAAGUGUUUAUGGUCGAAUUGCCGCGGUCAAUGUAUUUCGAUAGAGCUGCCCACCGUGAUGGAGCUGGUGCGGGAGUUGUCUUUUAUACUCCUGAAGCAGAUAUAUUGCCAUACUCUUUCACUUUAACACGCCGGUGUUCCAACAAUGUGGCUGAAUAUCAGGCGUUGAUUUUCGGUCUUGAAACGGCUGUAGACAUGAAGCAGUUGCAUCUUAGAGUCUGCGGUGAUUCAAAAUUGGUGGUAAAUCAACUCCUUAGUGUUUAUGAUGUCAAGAAACCUGAAUUGAUCCCAUAUUACAAGUAUGCAAGGCAACUCAUGGGAUAUUUAGGUAAUGUCACUAUAGAACACAUCCCUAAAAAUUUCAACCAACAAGCUGAUUCUUUGGCAAGGGUGGCAUCCAUGAUCACUCUACCUUCUCAUCGAAAUCAGAUUUCAAUAUGUCAAAAUUGGGUCAUACCUCCGAUGUUUGAUGAAGGUAAUGAUAGUGAAGAAGAAAAUACUUAUCAUAUUUUUGUCCAUGAGAUCGAAAAGGAGGAUUGGCGUCACCUCAUCACUGAUUAUCUUAAUCAUGGAAAGUUACCAGAAGAUCCUAAGAAAAGGGUUGAUAUACGUCGUCGAGCACCAGGUUUCAUUUACUACAAAGGGACGCUUUACCGAAGGUCAUUCGAUGGGGUGUUUCUACGAUGUCUUGGAGAAGAUGAGGCCAUGCAAGCAAUGGAGGAGGCUCACUCUGGGAUAUGCGGUGCUCACCAGUCUGGCCCGAAAUUACACUUUCGUAUUAAAAGAAUGGGAUACUACUGGCCAACAAUGGUAAAGGAUUGCAUUGACUUUGCUAGAAGAUGUCAAGCAUGUCAAUUUCAUGGCAGUUUCAUCCAUCAGCCCCCUGAACCAUUGCACCCAACUGUGGCUUCUUGGCCGUUCGAUGCUUGGGGUUUGGAUAUAGUUUGA